ACAGACGAAACGCCUCCUCCCCUACUAGGCUGUAUACCAAUUCAUGGUCUGCGGACCAAGCUGUAGAUGGGACCAGGGACCAGGAUGUGCACCACGGCUCCUGUUUCAACGCAGCUGACAAGACAUGGGGGGUUUGGGGACCAUGGACCUGGGAAUGCAGUACAGGAUACAUGAUGUCAAGAUAUAUCAGCCAUUGCACGAACCAGAAGGAAUCCGGUCUUGUGUGCUCUACUUGAGUAACACGAGCUCCUCUACGGGCCUCCCGUGCUAUGCCUUCCCAUACGACACCCGAGUCAGUAACGGCGGGAUCUACAGUGCAACAUGUGAUGGCAUUGGAAGAUAUUUCUCAAUAUCAAACGCCACAUACCUCAAUCUCUGUGAGGUCGAAAUAUAUGUUUGCAGCCCUGGGUUGUUUGGAGAAACCUGCUGUGAAUUUUGUCACUGCGCUGAAGAGGCUUGUGACCGUGUAAGUGGUUUGUGUCCUGGAGACUGUAGACCAGGGUGGCAGGGCAACAGGUGUGAUACAGGGUCCUGUCCAGCAGGGAAGUUUGGAGAUUCUUGUAGCUACAGCUGCCACUGUGGACAGUCCUGUAACCAGACAACUGGAGUUUGUGGAGGUGGAUGUGAUGAAGGCUGGGUUGGAGGACAUGGAAUCGCCUGUCAAAAGGGGUGA